AUAAUUUCUGAAACAUCACGGGAUAUUUUUCCAAACAACAUUUCUCGUGAUUGAUAUGUAGGGAUCUAAAAGGCUUGAAAAAAGGGAAAAGUUUUCCGACAGCCCGGAAGCAAGGGAUAGUUCGAAGUCAUCAUCUGAUAACUCGACAAAAAGGAGCUAGGAUCAUCAAUUUCGACCGAGGUUUGACAAGACCAACGCAGAUGGCGCUUCUAAGAAAGGUUGCCAGAACCGCUGCCAGAAAUUGCAGUCCAAGAAAGAGUUUUGUCCGCAGGAAUCUAUCAACAGAAGAGGAGAAAAAGAAUGGAAAGCUUGUUCUUGGUUGUGGGAGCAAUGUGGUUGAUCAAUUUUUCAAGGUGCAAGCUCUCCCAAAAGUUGGAGAAAAAGGAUUUUUCCAAAGCCCAACUCAUAUCAAGGAAAAGAGCAUAGUCGGUGGAGUGACUCUCAAUCACUUGUCUUGGGCAUCUUUACUUGGAGUCCCAACGGGUUUGCUUGCCCUGCAAGGUGCAGAUGUGCCUGGUCGUUUGAUAAGAAACAAAAUGAAUCAAUUGCAUAUCAGUAAAGAUUUUAUUCAAGUGAGCGACACGUACACAACAGCCCAGUCAUACGUUUUCAUUCAACAAGAUGGCGAGCGCUCAAUCAUAAUGGCUUCAGGUGCUACUAGUAUUAUUAAGAAGCACACUGUCGAGGAGUUCUUCGAUGAAGCUGUGCGCAAAAAUGCGCUGAUGAUCACAUCAGAAAUUUCACAGGUCCCACUGUCUGGUGUUAUUGCCUUGCUGAAAAUUGCAAAGGAAAUUGGUAUACCGAGUAUUUUGGACUUGGAUGUUUCUCCUUCGGUUGCAAUAAAUGAAGCUAAGCUGGGUACUCUCGAAGAGCUGAAAAAGUGUGUGAUGAUGGCUGAUAUUCUAAAACCAGCGAAACAUGCUGCUGCUGAAAUGCUGGCUAUUUUGAAACCCGAUCUGAAUAAGAUUGACAGUUUAAGCGGUGCUGACGUCGCAAAGUAUCUGAGAGAAAGCUGCGAUUCAACAUUACUAGCCAUGACCAAUGGCUCCCAGUCAUCAGUAUUAACCAGUGAAAAUCACACAGUAGAAGUUCCGACGGAAAAGCUUAAAACAGUCGUUGAUGCAACAGGGGCUGGGGACGCUUUUCUGGGCGGUCUGAUAACUGGCCUUCAUUUCCAUGGAAUUCCAAAAUCCGAAGAUGACAUGAGGCUUAUAGGAGCUCUGGCUAACAAAACAGGUGCUGCGUGUUGCAAAGUCCUCGGUGGGUUGCCAAGCGACCAGUCAAGGGAAGUUCUAAAAGAGGAAAUACUCAAAUACAAGGGUGCAUUUGGUGACAACGAGAGCAUCGAGGUUGCAGCUUACAAUCCUUGUCCAGACUUUGAAAACAGUGUAAAUGCUGAUUUCGAGGCUGCUCAGGGCGUUGUUGAUUUAAUGGACUUUAGAACCGUGGAAAAAUUCAUCGAUUAUUUAGAAAAUUGCAAAGGAAAUGUAUUGAUCUCUGGAAUAGGUAAAUCAGCCAUAGUUGCUCAGCGUAUGGCAGCCUCGUUGGCAUCCACGGGGACUCCGGCUCAUUUCGUUCAUGCUACUGAGUGGGCGCAUGGUGAUCUAGGAAAAAUCCGAAAAGGAGACGUCGUUGUGUUCUUUUCACACAGUGGCAACACCGAAGAAGUGAACUACGCAGCUGAGCUGGUGCAGAAACACCAAGUUCCAUUAUUGAGCAUUGUCGGAUCGAAAGAUUCAUCGUUAGCACAUAUGAGUGACGCAAUCAUUGACUAUGUUGUUGGAAAGGAUCUCCUUGAGCCGCUGGGAGGAGCGCCAACUUCUAGCAUAAUAAUGCAGGAAAUGAUGGUGAAUGGUAUCGUUUAUGAGUUGAUCAGGCGAAGGAACUUCACGAAGGACCAGUUUUUAUGGAACCACCCUGGUGGGUCAUUGGGCAGAAAACUGUCAAAGAAACUUGGCUACAAUAUCAGAUUUGUGUAAAUAUAGAUUUCUUGAAAUUCAAUGCAUGACACUCAAUAAUUGAGGUAAAUGUUUUUAUUUUCAUCCAUUUUCAAGAUUGUCUUUAUACCUAAUCACCGACGGAUAAGUAGGCUGGUAACGAGUGGCGGAUGUUACGUCAGAAGGUCCAAAGAAAAGUGUAAGAUUAAAUAUUUUGUCUUAAGUGAUAUAAGUGAUAAAAUCUUUUGAAUUGAAAUACUACAUCACGAUUGCCCAUUAAUUAAAUGACAGUAUUUUGUGCUUUCUUUUACAUCCAGCCGAGCAAUCAUCCCCAACCCCCCUUCCCCCCUCCCCUUCUACGAUGCUACAUCGUUUUUGAAUAUAAUUAAUGUCUUUUGUAUAUUGAAUGACUUAACAAUAUUUUAAAUUUCAAAUAUCGAAAAGCUUUUGUACCGAUUAAAAACCAAUGUUAGGAAUACAUGAUUUAUUGUUUGAACCGAUCGAUGUUGAAUCAAAUGCUGGUAUUGUAAUAUUGUAAAAUUUUCUAGGUAUUAAAAAAAUUGUGAGGCAAAGUUCUUGCCAUCCUCUUCAAGCGUUCUGUUAAACAGUUUUCUUAUUUUUAGCAUUGACUGUUCUGCUCCUUUUUACUUUUUUCAAAAAUGUUCAGUUUGGGAAAGUUAGGAAGUCACCAUCAUGCUAGUGAGGAACGUCGUAAAGACUAUACAUUAAUUAAACACAUUGUACAAAAGAGUGACUUGUGACUUCUAAAUCUAGGUUAAGCGACUUUCACUUUUGCUAGUGUAUAUCAACAAAAAUUAUUCUUGAACUCAAGAAUGUUGGGAAAAAGCGAUUCCGCAUCAAAUUAAAUUUAUUAAGAUAGGGGCCUCACCAUCUUUCUCGGCAACCUCUAUUCGUCGUUUUCCUCAAAGCCAAUGACAUUGCCGUCCUCUUAGUUCGAGUAAUGAAUACUCAUAUCUGUGACGUUUGAAGCAGUUCAAAAUUGAAAAGGUUUCUGUGUCUACAAAAGUUGAUACUUUUCCAAAGUUUUUAAGAACAACACAGCUAAGAUAAUGGGCACUUUUCAAAAUUUUGGGGCUUCCGGUUCCCCCAGAUUCUGAUUUCCUUGCUUCAUAUAUUUCACGGACAUGGCCAUCUGUCUGGGACGUCUAAAAAGAUUCUUUAUACACGCCUUUUCCAGAAUCACAUCUUUGAUAUGCCUACCCUUGCCCUUCGUCACAAUUUUAUCGAUCCUCAGUUGCUGGAAGGUAUCCUUGUACAAGCAAGAUCUUCUUUCUUAAUACGAAAAACAGUAACGACAUAACAACGCAUUGUCCAUCAUUGAAUAUGUUUCCACACAAUAAAUUAAAGUCGUUGCUCUUUUAGCUUUGUUAUUCAAGUUAUUGCCUUGGAAAACACAUAUGAUCUCAAAUAUACAAGAAACUUUUUCUACGAAUAAAGAAUUUGAUAAAUUGCAUAAGAGUCCAACUAUCGUAAUUUUAUUGAUUUAUUAUUUAGAUUCAGUGUAAUGUUGAGCAGUUUGUUUCUACAUAUUGCAAUUUCUUAUUGUUAUUAAGUCAUCAA